UUUAAAUAUUAAUAAAAGAAUUGUUUUAGCUUCGAUGACGUCAGUAUGAGGUUCAUGUUAGGACCUGUCCUCUGUAAUCAGCUUUGCCUUGUAACGAUUCAUUCUUGGCGUUGCUUGUGUAGUUAGUAGUACUUACCGACCGUUGUUGAGAUGAACCGAGUGGCAACUAGUUCAGAUACCAAUCUUUUCAAGAGACAUAGAACUACAAGUGAUGAAAGUGAUGAUGAACUGAUCAAAAGGCCCAAGUAUUAUUAUCUUCUCGAACCUGAAUCAACUGACUAUUCCUCAGAUGGAAAUGAAAGCAUUUACAGUAUUCAGCAACGGACUACCGAUACUGCGAAAGACACCUCUGAUACUUCAACAAAAAGUGAAGAUUCAAUGGUGGAAUUUGAAGUAGUGUCUAAUUCUGACACCCCCGUUUAUCCUUUUUCUUUAAGGGACUCGUCUUCUCCACCUGAGGAUAUUAUGGAUGUUGCCAAAACUUAUGAAAUUGAUGCAGAAAAUUUAAUCUUUUCUGAAAACGAUGCCUGUGAUAAUUCUUCUGAUUCCUCUGAAAAAGAAGGAUUUUUUAGAAACAUUUAUUUAUUUAAGAAUUGUGUGCAGUGUGGACUAUCUAAUAGUACCCCUUUCUAUAGAUACUGUGAUAAAUGUUACAAGGUAAGGAAGAACUUUUUUCCUCCACGACCGAGAGGAAGAAAAAAUAAGACUGAGAAAAAGGCUUGCACUAGCAAUUCAAGUAAUGAUGAUAUUGUUAGAUCAUCCUGUGAUAGUGGUAUUGUUUCUGAAUUUUCUCAGGGUUUAUCUGAAAAAGCGUUUGAAGGAAUGACUGAAAAUAAUCCUGAACCGGACAUUAUUCAUAGAAAAGAGCUUUGUGGUACUUGCUUAGUUCGAUCAAAGGAUGGGGGGUAUGUUCAUAACAACAUUGUUCAUGUUUAUUCGUGCUAUAAGUGUUCGGUUAGAACUGUUAAGCAAAUAGGGAGGUGUCCUAUUUGUAAUUUGCGAGUGAGACAAGUAUGCAGAGUAAUUACGAUAUGAGUCAAACAAAACAAUAUAAUGUUUAUCAAAUUAAAUUUUGUUGUUAUUAUUUAUUGAAAUUUAUUAAUUUAUAUGAAUAAAUAUUUAAUGCUGAUAUUUUAUUGUAUAUAACUGUAAUAUUUAAUGUUUUUGUUAAUAUAUUGUUCUAAAAAAUUUAUUUAUUGUUUUGAAAACCAAUUCUAUUAGAGAAACAAAUAAUCAAUACUGAACAACUUUGUGUAUUUUUUAUUUGAUUAAUUUUUGUCAUUG